UCACACAGCAGCGGAGUUUCGAGCUGGGAAGGUAGACGGUGAAAACGGUGAAACAUAGGAAUAAUUUUAGGCUAAAAGGCGUUAAUAGGAGAUGUAUGUUGUUGUUCUGUAAACGUUUAUUUAUUUUAUCACUCUGUAUGUCCCGGAGUGUGUUUACAUGAAGUGAGCCAACUUGUGUUGGUGUGUUUCUGAUUGAUUAGUCGCCGGAGAUUAGCAGCACAUUCAUGGCUUUGAUAGCGACCGAGCAGGGGUGCAAGCUGAACGGGACGUCGGCGAUUUACGGCCGAGUUGGCCCGAGAAAAGAGGUGCUCCAGGGCAAGACUGAGAGCUUUAAAGCUGCCAAAAUGCAGCCCAAAGAGACGGAGUAUUCAACAGAUGGCCUGCCCAAAGCCUUCCUGCACAGCCUGAGGACCCUGUUUGACAUUUUGGAUGAUGCUGGACGGGGCUAUGUCCACAUCUCGGAGAUAGAGAGCCGCUGGCAGGGGGCAGACACCCGGGACCUGCCCGGCGGGGUGCUGAACUGCCUCAGGCGGGUCACGCCACCGCAUGGCUGCCUCACCUUUGAGCGGUUCGUAGCGGGGCUGCGGUACUCCAUGCUGAACCCGGAGCACAGCGCCCACUUCAAGGCCCAGGCUGCUGUGCACCCACACCCACAGCAGCCCCAGAAACCCGCCCCGCUGUCCACAUGCAGUGUCGGGACACGGGUGGAGAACAAGGUCCGUCCGCUGGGGCCGAGCAACGUGACCAACACCCAGCAGCACCGGGCGUCCUCACUACAAAGCCGGGCCAGGCCGGAGGAGGGGCCCGGGUACCCCGCGUGUGGACCGGUGCGGUACAGCUCGGGCUUUGAGAGGUCCGGGCGGAGUUUGGAGCGGAAUUCUGUCGCUCCGGGGGGCGGGUGUUACCGGGCCGACCCGGGCCAUGCCACCAAGCCGACACAGCCUCAGCAGAGCCGGGUCAGGUCCAUUGAGUCGCUCGCUCUGGAGUCACCGCAGCUCCAAGGACCAAGUGUUGUGAAAUCAGGUUUACCAAGAUCCCAGAGUGAAUCAGCAACAGGAUUUACUGGAGGCUCCAGGCGACACGGGCGGAGUCGGGAAGAGCAGAGGCGGCAUACCAUAUCCAACGGAGUGGAUUACGGCAUGUUGAAGCAAAUGAAAGAACUGGAGCAGGAGAAGGACUCCCUGCUGGCGGGCCUGGAAGUGGUGGAGCGGGCCCGCGAGUGGUACCAGGGCCAAAUCCACAAUGUCACAGAGAGACAGCGGCAGGUUGGCCAGAGCUCCCACUGCACGGAUUUCUUCACAGAAGCCAAUCAGAGUCGCAUGAAUGUUCUAAUACCCAAACUGCAAGAAGUCAACCGCUGCCUUAAUGACCUUAUAACCUGCUCUGGGAUGCAGUCAUUUCCUUCCAGCGCUGCACAGACAGCCGCUAACCCCCAGCCUCCUGGUCCAGCUCCUCCACAAGCCAUCCAGAGACUGAAAGACCAGAACCGACUCCUCACACAGGAGGUGACAGAGAGGAGCGAGCGGAUCGCCCAGCUGGAGCAGGAGAAGUCUGCCUUGAUAAAACAGCUUUUCGAGGCUCGGGCCCGCAGCGCACAAGACACCAGCACCAUGGACUCCACCUUCAUCUGAAAACAAUUACACUCCACCCAGCACCAUAGCAUGUUAGCGCCACUUUUCAGCUGGAAGUCAUCAUGACGCUGGUUCUGGAGCAAAACUUUUAUAAGUUGACUGUUGUUUACCCACACAUGUAGCAGUGAUGCACCUUUUUUUAGCCAUGAGACGCCAACACACCCGAGUGAAGCAUGUGACCACUCCACCCCAAACCGAAACAUGCACUACCUAGAUGUGAACUCUCCCAGGAAGACGUGACCCCGAAUGACUUAACCUGAGAGUCUUUUUACUUGCUGCCUUUUACUUUUCCUGCAUAAACGAAGCUGAAAAGCCUGGGACACUAUCAAGAAACCAGACGGGUCUCGUGAGAUCUCAUCACUCCAGUUCUUGCGGAUUACAGCAUCUGCAAGAUCUCCACUCCCACAAGACUUUUUUUUAACUUCUGCUGCUCGUCUGCACAGGCAUCAUAAAGAAAACAUGAACUCAGUGGGGGGAUGAUUUCUGUUGGAAUAAAACGCCAUAUUCUUACAGUUUAAUAUGAAAACAAAUCAUAAGCUGCAUCUGCUUGCUGUGACCUAUCAAUUACAUUUUUGUUAGUUUGGUACUUUGAGCUAAAUGAUAAUAAGAUGAUGAUGAUAAUUUUCCCAUGUCUAUCAGUAUUUCCUUAUUUUUAAUGUAACUGAAUGCAAUGUUUACCUGACAUUGGCUUUCUGGGUUUUAGUUUUUUUUUUCUUUCAAACACAUAGAUACAGGAAUUACUGAAAAGAACUGUUUUUAUAUUACAGUAGCAUGUUUAAUGUUAAGACCGUUAAUGAAUUUUGACGUUUUUUUUAAAUUUUGAAAAGAAAAAAAGAGAUGGGAGGACAGCCUACAAGCCAUCGAGAUGUAGAGGCAGAGACGGACGAGAGAAGUUUGGAAGUUUGCACGUAGAAGAGGGCUGAGGAGGACAAACAUGUCAGACGAUGAAUGUGUCAGAGCCCGAGCUGCUUGGUUGGGAGAAAUAAAAAAAAAGGAAAUCACUUUGGCUAUCUAGUGCUACAUCCCCUGUAUGUCUUUUUACAGUGGCUUCUUUGCAUGGCUCAUGUUUUCAGCUCCAAAGUAUUUAUCCUCUGAAGAGAUUUCUGUUUGAAACCUGGAGAUUAAAUGUUAGCACAGAUGUUAAAACCCAUUUUGUCCUCGUUAAGUGUCUCUUUUAACCAGGAUCAGCCUGGAGGUGGUUGGCUUUAGGACUAAAACUGUAAAAACACUCAGCCAUCCACAAAGUUUACAAGAGAAAUAUUUAGUUAGUGGGUGGCGGUAGAAUAAAAAAACAUUGUAGUUUUAUAACGGAUCUGUAUGGUACUGCUGGGAUGUUUGCACAUAACAUAUUGUUAAUGUCUUUCCCACUUGUUUGAUUGUAUGUUUCUUGCUGCUCAAACUACAUUAUGUGUGAGUGAAACUCUUUUCCUUCAGCUUUCUAUCGAGAGUACUCAAAUUCAGAUAAAAUGUAAAAUAAUAAAUACGACCAAACAA